AUGGUUGAUGCAAGAACCUUUGUGGUUGGGAUUGCAGAUGGUUCGUGCUCAGAGGACAUAUGUUGGACAUUUAACGCCAGUGUUUGGUCUAAGGACAAGGUCUUCCUGGCUGGUGAUGUUCUUGUAUUCAAUUACAAGCCUUCUGUGCACAACGUGGUGGCCGUGGACGAGGAAGGAUACAAAACAUGUAAGGCUUCGAAAAAUGCAGUGGUUUACGAGACAGGACAUGAUCGGAUUCAACUCCCCGAAGGAGGAGAUAGUUUCUUCAUUUCUACUGUUGCUAGUGACUGUCAAAGAGGCAUGAGAAUCGAAGCCUCUUAUGUAUAA